UCUCUCUCUUGUCUUGUCUUGUCGUCCCCUCUCGUCGCUUUGCUUGGUUCGGUGUGCUUGCUUGCUUGCUUGCUUGUCGCUCGUUGCUAUCCACUCUCUUCUCUCUCUCUCUCUCUUCCUCUCCUCUCCUUCUGUCUCGGACCGUGUCUCUUUUUGUCUCGUCUUGCCUGCUCAACAUACGUCGACUCAGUACCGCCCAACACCAAACACCACCACAUGCUCCCACACCACUCACCUCGACGCUAAUUCCAAUCACACCCUUUCUCCACGCAGUCACCGCCCACCGCCCACCGUCGCUCCUGCCCUCUGCUGCUUGACCAUUCACUCACCAGCUUCAACUGCUCAAUCACACCACCAGCAAUCCCCCCGCCUGCCCGUCGUCGACUGCUGCGUCCUGCCUGCUCCUGAUCGGCCCCCGACUCCCCCUGCGCCGUGUCGCAGCACUGCCUCCGCUCCUGCAACCAACGCACACCGGCCUGCUCCACUAAACCAACGCCAAUUGCCCGCCUGGCCUGCCGAGAAUCGUUGACACAAACACCACCACCACCACCACCACCACUUCUGCGACAGGAGGGGAUCUGACUCGCUCCACCACCCACAAUCAUCAACAAACCCCCCUUCGCGAACGAGUCCCACCCCCUCCAACUACCCAACCCACAGCCAUGGCCGACAUGUCGAGGAGAAGGGCCUGCCUCACGCUGGUCCGCAAUCUGACCCUCGCCGCUCUCCUGUACGCUGUCAUCUAUGGCUCUGUGAGCAUGGUGACCGAUCCCACCGUGGCUAGCAAGGGCAAACUGGGCAUCCCCGCCUUCCUCGACAAGACAGGUCCCACCGAGCUGAUCAAGACCACAAAGGCCGGCGUCCAGGUCAAGUUCACGAGCUCGCCCAGAACCGUCACCAUCAACCCACACGCCAACGUCUUCAACCGCCCCGUGACUGCUGUCAAGAUCAAGGACGACUUCUACGGCCCACGACCCCAUGUCGACACCGAGGCCGAUCUGCACAUGCUGGUCGAAGAGUGCAGAGGCACCUAUGAAGGCAUUGAGAAGAUGAGGAAUGUCUUCGACUGUCUCAAGUUCUUCGCCGAGGAGGAGCACCGCUACUACACCCUUCCCGACAAGGCUCACCGUGCCAGUGCUCAGGACCCCACCAAGGCCGAGUACGUCAACGCCGACGGCCACGGGAACACGCUCAAGAGCUACCCCUCGGUCGAGGAGGCGAAGCCCGCUAAUGGUUCUGAUAUUGGUACCUGCCCCGGUCCCAUCAUUCCCUACCACGUCUACUGGACCGGUCCUGCCACUUGGCGCGUCGAGGCCUUUGUCAAGAGCUACCUGUAUACGCAAAACCUGGCUUGCUCGCGCCUCUGGAUUUGGCUGGAUGCCGACCGCAACCCUAAUGCCGUUCGCAACAUGCUCACCAAGGAUGCCUUGUUCGCUCGCUUCCUCCCUCUGGUCGAGCGUGGCGACAUCACCAUCAAGGAGUGGAAGUUCCCCUCGAGGAUCCCGCUGCCCAAGGAUGAGGAGCAGCGCAACGGCUUCGGCUACUACAGCUCGCCCGGACGUGCCAAUUCAAAGGGUGAAAAGGCCGUGGCCGAGAACAUUGUCGAGGACAAGGAUGGCCAGCAAUGGCUCGUCCUGACGCCCAAGCAAAUGACCUUCCUCCCCGUUGCCGUAUCUGACGCUAUGCGCUUCAUCGUCUUGCACAUGCACGGCGGAGCCUACUUCGACAUGGACGUACUGAUGCUCAGGGACAUGCGCCCGCUUCUCCUUCCCAAGGAACACGCUUUUGCCGAGCGUUGGGCAGCCCAUCCUCACCCGGGAGAUUACAACACCGCCAUCAUGUCCCUCACUGCCAACUCGUCCAUCUCAUCCUACCUUCUCUACGGUGGGAUCCGCAUGGGCCUCAACUUCCACCCCCGUGUGCUUGGCCGCAUGGCCUGGAAGGAGAACCGUGACCAAGAGUUCCUCAUGUUGGAGACGGCCGCUUUUGACCCCAUCUGGACGGAAUUCAACUGGGAUCGUGAAGGCCGCUGCACCGUACCUUGUCUUAGAGACUACAGCGCCGCUUUCAAAGGCAAGCAGGAUGCUAUCAAGGACGAAUGGGAAAGCUACGAUGCCCCCCAGCUCGAGGCUCUCAACCUCACAGAUGCGCAGCCCAGAGAAUUGCGAUCUAUUCCUGCCGAAUCAGCCACUUCGCUGGACCGCCGUGACCGCGCAGAGAAUGAAAACAUCCCAGCAUCUGCCGCCGCCCCAACUCCGAAGAAUGGCGAACAUGCCGAUUCGUUCCAAACGACCCCAAACGAAGAGGUUGAGCUGCGCAAGGCCGGCAUCAUCGCCGAAUACAAUCUUGCCGAGGACAAAUUCCCACCCAACAACCGCACAGUUGAAAACUUCUUCCGUGGAGCCUGGACCUAUCACAUCCACAAUCAGUGGAUGAAGCACCCGGAACCCUCGUCGUGGAUUGCUAUUCUCGAGCAGGCUCAAGACGGCUUCUUCGCCGGAACGCGCACUAACGCGCAUGGCGAGAAUUGGACGGGUCCAAGUGUGAUGCCGUACAACUACUGGCCUGAAUACGUAUGAACGCCACUGCACGGCUCACUAGCCCCCCUUCGCGCUGUUCUGGCCCCGCCGGCCGAGUGAAGGUUGCCGCGCCGCGCCACCUGGCGCAUAGCUUCCAUCGGAUGUCACAGGUUUCAUGCAUCGGCUCAGCUCCACAGACAACAGCUGGCUUCCGGAUCUCGUAGAGGUCUUGCAAUCAAUAGUCUUUGCAACAUUUCCUGGUGGAGCUUCACGGUUCCCUCGAACUGCAUCUUAUGACCACGGACAAAUGCGCUUCGGCGUUCACGACUAAAAAAAACGGGAUAUCGAUAGCGGCGUCAUCGAUUCGCUUCGGCGGUUGUUUAUUGCUAUGAGCGACUUUUCCCCCUCAUUGGGAUUAUAUUACACACAUUCGCUUCUUGUACUCGACUUCGGACACAUCGGCGGGAAACGUCGGUUGGCUCCCCGGUUGUGAUUCCGCGUUAAUUCCUUCGCUUCUCUGUUUUAGACUUUGACCUUUUUUUUUUCGCUUCCUGCUUCUU